AGAAACAGAAACAGAAAACGUAGUAUCCCUGGACGGACGGACCCGACUGAUUCCAGGAACCCGCAAGGCGCCGUCUGCACGCAAAGGUCCCGUCCGGCCGCCUCGUCCCACCGAUCCCCGGGACACCCGGCCGUGUCCGCGCAUAGCGCGGCGGAGCGCCUCCCCCUUCGAUUCUCGCUCCGCCACGCCGUCCACCGAGAGCUCGGCCACUGGGGCACAGCGACAUCCUCGAACGGCUACCUGCGUCCACUCAUCCGUCGAUUCCCUCGCGAUUUGGUGCCAGCCAGUGGUUAGAGGUGUUUCACUACAAAAAAAAUUGAAUUAGAAAAUAAGCAGUACAAGAUGGGUUCUAUUUUAAGCAUGGCAAACAGCAAUGUUCGAUCUGUGGAUUCACGUGAGGAACAUGGAUCCAGUUCAAAUAAGAGGGCCAAGAUCACCACCACAUAUGAGUAUGGGUCAUAUUCGAGAAUAAUUCCAGCUCUUCCUGAUGAGCUUUCAUUUCAAAUUCUUGCGAGGUUACCACGGAUUUAUUAUUUAAAGGUGAAGAUGGUUAGCCGAGCUUGGAAGGCUGCUAUCACCAGCUCUGAACUUUCCCAGCUGAGAAGAGAGCUUGGUGUUACCGAGGAAUGGCUCUAUAUACUGACCAAAGCUGAGGCAAAUAAACUUGAUUGUUUUGCUCUCGAUCCAUUGUUCCAGAAGUGGCAAAGGUUGCCAUCCAUGCCUUCAUUUGUCAAUGAGGAGGAAUCCACUGGGAGGACACGAUUUUCUGGGUUCCGGAUGGGGACUGUUGUGGGCUCGAGCAUUAGGGUUGCUGAUUUUGUGAGGGGAUGGUUUUCGCGCCGAUAUGGUUUGGACCAGAUGCCUUUUUGUGGUUGCUCUGUUGGAGUUGCUGAUGGUUGCUUGUAUGUCUUGGGGGGUUUUUCCAAAGCAGUGGCCUUAAAAUGCGUUUGGAGAUAUAACCCUUGUCUCAAUUUGUGGCAGGAAGUAAACCCGAUGAUGUCUGGUAGGGCUUUCUCUAAAGCAUCACUAUUAAAGAGUAAGUUAUAUGUGGUUGGUGGAGUUAGUAGGGGUCAGAAUGGCUUGCUUCCUCUACGGUCGGGUGAAGUGUUUGAUCCCAAAACUGGUCUGUGGAGUGAGUUGCCAGAAAUGCCUUUUGUGAAAGCACAGGUAUUGCCCACAGCUUUCUUAGCUGAUGUGCUGAAGCCUAUUGCCACUGGGAUGGCAUCCUACAAAGGAAAGCUAUAUGUUCCUCAGAGUCUGUACUCGUGGCCCUUCUUUUUUGACAUUGGAGGUGAGAUCUAUGACUCAGAACUGAACUCUUGGUCAUCAAUGCCAGAUGGUCUUGGUGAUGGCUGGCCAGCAAGGCAAGCAGGCACAAAAUUGGGUAUGGUAGUCAAUGAUGAGCUUUAUACAUUGGAGCCUUCCAGCUCCUUGGACAGUGGCCAGAUAAAGAAGUAUGAUUCUGAAGAAGAUGUUUGGAGAACUAUCGUACCACAGGUUCCAGUUCAUGAUUUCACUGAUGCCGAGUCUCCUUAUCUGCUCGCUAGCCUUCAUGGAAGGCUCCAUGUUAUUACAAAAGGGGCAAACAACAAUCUUCAAGUUAUGCAAGCUGUAUUGCAGAAUAGCACGGAAAGCGUUCCACAUGAAGAAAACGUAUUAUGGAGCAUAGUGGCUUCCAAGAAUUUUGGGGCUGCAGAGCUUGUGAGCUGUCAGGUUCUUGAUGUUUAGAACGAGAGCCUCUGCUGAUGCUGGAGAGUUUUUUCAUACAAGAAACAAUUAUAGUCAUUGUUGCUGCAAUCGUAGCCAAAUAUGUCCACAGUUUGACACUUAUAGUCAUUGUAUAUACACAUAGUACAGUUGCUGUGAUAUUAACCUCUAUGUCCACAAUUUGACUAAGAGGAAUAUAUAACAUGUACUUAGAAGUCGAUUCAGUUGCCCAAACAGUGCUCUGUAGACCUAGUGUUGGCAACACGAAUACUGUAAAUUCAGUGUACUUGUACAAGGAAGGAUUUUAUUUUA